AUGACAAUUGCAAAAAGAAAGAGAGGAUGCUCAAUUCCAAACCACAAUGCUUUUGGUGGGUUUCCCAUCAUCGUUCUCCUACUACUAGUUUGUGCAUUGUGGUUCCAAAGAAACCAACUCACUACACUCCUUUUGGGCCCCACUACGACCACCUCUGAGGUUGUCCUUGACCCUCCGGGAAAUACCUUCUAUGACGAUCCACAAUUGAGUUACUCCAUCGAGAAACCGUUGAAACAAUGGGACAAAAAGCGAAGCGACUGGCUUCAACUUCACCCUUCCUUUGCAGCCGGUGCACAAGACCGAAUUCUUCUCGUCACGGGGUCACAACCAUCGCCAUGCAAAAACCCCAUCGGCGACCAUUUAUUGUUAAGGUGUUUCAAGAAUAAAGUUGAUUACUGUAGGAUCCACAACUGCGAGGUGUACUAUAGCAACCUACACCUACACCCGAAGAUGGAUUCUUUUUGGUCCAAACUUCCAAUUAUCCGGUCCACAAUGAUGGCCCACCCAGAAGUCGAGUGGAUUUGGUGGUUAGAUGCGGAUGCAAUUUUCGCAGAUAUGGAGUUUAAGAUUCCGUUGGAGCGUUACAAGGAUCACAAUCUCGUAGUUCACGGUUGGUCCAACAUGGUGUAUACUGAAAGUGAGAAUAUGAGUUGGACUGGGCUUAAUGCCGGGUCACUUUUAAUUCGUAACUGUCAAUGGUCUAUGGACUUGUUACACGUUUGGGCUCAAAUGGGUCCAUUAUCAUCAAACUAUGCAAAAUGGGGAAAGAUCUUAACAUCAACAUUUAAGGAUAAGCCCUUUCCGUUACCUGAUGAUCAAUCAUCUUUGAUUUAUUUGCUUUCGAAGCAAAGAAGGAAAUGGGGUGGGAAGACGUAUUUGGAGGAAACAUAUGAUUUGGAAGGUUAUUGGAUUGCUACAUUGGGGAAGUUCGAGGGAUUAAAAAAUAUGUAUAAUGAGAUAGAGGAGGAAGCAAGUGUUCUCAGGAGAAGACAUUCAGAGAAGGUCAGUGUAUGGUAUGGUGAGAUGAGAGAGCUUUAUUUGAGAAAGAGUGAGAGGACCGAGAGGAGGCCGUUUGUUACACAUUUCACGGGGUGUCAACCAUGUAGUGGUGACCAUAAUCCUGAUUAUAAGGGGGAUGUUUGUUGGAAAGAAAUGCAAAGGGUUUUGAAUUUUGCUGACAAUCAAAUUCUUCGUAAUUAUGGAUUUUUGAGGAAGGAUCUUAUGACAUCUUCUGUGUAUGAAGUUCCGUUCGGAUACCCAAGAGUUGAAGCAUAG